AUGGCGACGUCAGACAUUACGACGGUGCUCACAAAUUCGCUGUCUGCUGACGCGAAUCUGCGACAUGCCGCCGAACAGCAGCUCACACAGGCGGCUGAGACCAACUUUUCAUUAUACCUUGCAACGCUCGUUACAGAGCUAGCAAAUGAGAACGCCCCGGGUCACAUUCGAGCUGCCGCCGGUAUUGCGGUGAAGAACGCGUUCACAGCCCGCGAGUUCAGCCGUCAAACCGAACUGCAACAAAAAUGGCUUCAACAAACAGACGACGAAACCAGGGCAAAGGUCAAGAGUCUCACUCUGCAAACCUUGUCGUCCACCAACUCCCAAGCUGGCCAGGCUGCCGCCCAGGUCAUUGCCUCCAUUGCGGGCAUCGAGCUUCCCCGUGGGCAAUGGGCCGACCUGAUGAACAUCCUCGUCACAAACGUCAGCGAGGGCCAGCCACACCAGAAGCAGGCAUCCUUGACCACGAUCGGAUUCAUUUGCGAGAGCCAAGAUCCUGAGCUCCGCGCUAGCUUGGUCGACCACUCCAAUGCUAUCCUCACGGCCGUCGUCCAGGGCGCCAGGAAGGAGGAGACCAACAACGAGAUCAGGCUGGCCGCCAUCACUGCCCUUGGGGACUCGCUCGAGUUUGUCGGUAACAAUUUCAAGCACGAGGGUGAGCGUAACUACAUCAUGCAAGUAGUCUGUGAGGCCACACAGGGCGACGACUCGCGUAUUCAGCAGGGCGCCUUUGGUUGCCUGAACCGCAUCAUGGCCCUCUACUACGAAAAUAUGCGCUUCUAUAUGGAGAAGGCACUUUUUGGCUUGACCAUUUUGGGCAUGAAGAGCGAAGACGAGGACGUUGCCAAGCUUGCUGUAGAGUUCUGGAGCACCGUCUGUGAAGAGGAGAUUGCCAUUGAGGACGACAACGCACAGGUCGAGAGCGCGGACCAGGUCAGGCCGUUUUACAACUUCGCCCGUGUGGCCACCAACGAGGUGGUCCCCGUACUCCUUACCCUUCUCACCAAGCAGGAUGAGGACGCUGCCGAUGACGAAUACAACAUUUCUCGCGCUGGCUACCAGUGUCUGCAGCUUUACGCCCAGGCUGUUGGUGGCACAAUCAUCCCACCUGUCAUCUCCUUUGUUGAGGCCAACCUGCGAUCCGAUGACUGGCACAACAGGGAUGCGGCCGUCUCUGCUUUCGGUGCCAUUAUGGAGGGCCCUGAUGAGAAGACUCUAGAGCCAAUCGUCAAGUCCGCCCUGCAAAUCCUCAUCUCAAUGAUGGACGACUCCUCGGUACAGGUCAAGGACUCGACCGCUUAUGCUCUCGGUCGCAUCACCGAGGCCUGCUCUGAGGCUAUUGACCCCAGCCAGCACCUUGAGCCUCUGAUUCGAUCCUUGUUUGCCGGCCUGCUCAACACUCCCAAGAUGGCUGCGUCGUGCUGCUGGGCUCUGAUGAACCUGGCGGAACGUUUCGCCGGUGACCCGGGAGCUCCCCAGAAUGCCAUCACUCCCUACUUCAACGACAGUGUGCGCCACCUUCUCGACGUCACCGCCAAGAACGAUUGCGACUCGGCUGUCAGGACGGCCGCGUACGAGGUUCUUAACGCUUUCAUCGUCAAUGCGGCAAACGACAGUCUGCAGGCCGUUGCGGCUCUUUCGGAUGUUAUCAUCAAGCGCCUGGAGGAGACGAUACCACUACAGGCCCAGGUUGUCAGCGUCGAGGACCGCAUUACGCUCGAGGACAUGCAGACCAGUCUGUCAACCGUUCUUCAGGCCAUCAUCGGCCGUCUUGACAAGGAAAUCCUUCCCCAGGGCGACCGCAUCAUGCAGGUGUUGCUCCAGAUUCUAUCAACGGUCAACGGCAAGUCCAGUGUUCCUGAGGCUAUUUUCGCCACCAUCAGCAGCCUUGCCAAUGCUAUCGAGGAGGAGUUUGUCAAGUACAUGGAUGCCUUUGCGCCAUUCCUAUACAAUGCUCUGGGCAACCAGGAAGAGCCCAGCCUGUGCUCCAUGGCUAUUGGCCUCGUGAGUGACAUUACAAGGUCGAUGGGCGAACGCAGCCAGCCGUACUGCGACAACUUUAUGAACUACCUACUUAACAACCUGAGGAGCUCAACACUUUCCAACCAAUUCAAGCCUGCCAUCCUGCAGUGCUUUGGAGAUAUUGCCAAUGCCAUUGGUGGCCACUUUGAGACUUAUCUGUCUGUUGUGGCUCAAGUUUUGCAACAAGCCUCCACUGUUACCACGGUACCCGAAGGCUCAUAUGAGAUGUUUGACUACGUCGUCUCAUUGAGAGAGGGUAUUAUGGACGCUUGGGGCGGCAUUAUUGGUGCCAUGAAGAGCGCCAACAAGACCCAAGCACUGCAGCCUUAUGUGUCGUCAAUUUUUGAGCUGCUGAACCACAUUGCUAGCGACUCGAACCGUAGCGAGUCUCUUAUGCGGAGUUCCAUGGGUGUUAUUGGUGAUCUUGCCGACGCCUACCCUAACGGGGAGCUUGUGGAUGCUUUCCGUCAGGAUUGGGUCACUGCUAUUAUCAAGGAGACGCGCUCCAACCGGGAGUUUUCAUCCCGGACUAUUGAGACGGCACGCUGGGCACGUGAGCAGGUCAAGCGCCAACUUGGCGGUUCCGUCAAUGUCAUGCAGCAGACUUGA